AUGACAUCUCCAGUGAAAACUUCAAGAUCUACCGAUUUCUCUCCGCCUAAAAAGUCGAAUCUUUAUCCCUCGACUGAUCUGGGAGAUCAUCGGUCUCAUCAUUAUAAAUCGACCGAGGAGAAGAACAUGACUGCGUCUGUUCCCAUCAAUAUACCUAGAAUGCCACCUUCACACCCUUCCUCGUCACACCAGCCUCAGCAGCAGCAGCUUCGAGACUCAAACGAAAGAUCUGCAUACCCUCAAUCUUCGAGAUUGACAGAACCUCGUCAUGGAUCACCUUCAUCAGGCCGAUCACCUCCAAUCUCUCAUCCAUAUACUCGUUCGCACCCUUAUCCCCGAAGGACAUCGUCGACAUCUCAACCUGAAAGAGAAAGAGAACGAGAACGGGAUAGGGAACAAUUACCUAGAAUACAUCUGCCCCCGCCGAAUUCGAUUGCUUCGUUGAAAUUUUCAGAGAGGAAUGAUCAGCUUUCACCUAUUGAGAGGGAGUUCCCAUCUCUCUCGACGAGCAACCAGCAUGAAUCCUCUUGGAGAAGUGGUUCAUCCGAUAGACCUCAGUUGCAUCGAAUCCCAUCUGGAGGAUCAGUAGGUAAAUCGGCUGGAAUAUCUCUACCGCCCUUGCAUUCCAUAUCUAGGUCACCAACUUUACCACCCCCACUUUCGAUGCCUCCCCCUCCUCCUUCUUUGGACGCUUCUUCCAUUGCUGGCUCCACUGCUCGAGGUAGUCCAAGGAUGUAUCCACCAAAUAUCCGGGCUGGCUUUAACCCUUACGAGACGGCUCAUCAGCAAAGGAGAUCACCUAGUGCCGGUGCUGGACCCCCACCCAAGCUUAGGGAAAGAGAGUACGAACAUCAAGCACCAACCGCAGCUGAACGGAGUCGACGUUCUUCGAAAGAAGAUCUAUACGAACAACAUCGUCGUCCUUCUAUGGCACGUAUUCAAUCAACGGUUCCUUUACCAAAUCACCCUCCGAACCAUCACCAUCACCAUCACCAUCACAACCAACAUCACCCUUCUUCCGUCCCUAUCCACGGAUACGACAUCCCUUCUCCACCACUGAGAGCUCUACCACCAUCAUCUAUGCCUGCUUUAGCUUACCCGCCACCCUAUGGCCACAGAAAUGGUGGUGGCGCCGAUGGUGGUGCCAACUUGGCCAGAUCGAGAAGUCACUCUUCCACUUCUGGAUUCUCGAGAGGCGGACCGGUAGGGAUGGAAGUUGAUGAUAGUUUGAGUAUGGGUAUAGGUGUGGGCGGAGUGGCUCCUACAGCUGGUCAGACGAGGAGAUUGGCUCAUCUGAUGUCUGAACAAAAAAGAAGAGAGUCGAUAAACUCAGGUUUUCAAGCACUUCGUCAAGCUAUUCCAUCAUCCCUUCCAACUGAUUCGAAAGCCAUUAUCCUACGUAAAGCCGUAUCUCACAUCAUCCAUCUAGAGAAUAUCAUUAGGAGAUCAGGUUUGACAUAUAGUGAUUCCCCACCGCCUGGUGGCGGAGGACCAAGUGAAGGUUGGUCGAAUGAUGAAAAUGGUAAUGGCAGGGAUAGAAAUAUGUUGGUGGAUGAUGAUGAGUCAAGUAGUGGACCGAGGAUCAAAUGGGAGGAUGAGAGAUAG